CGUCAUAACAUAUAUGCAAGGUUUGAAUAGACCUCUGUCUGAUACAGCAAGUGAACCAGUCAUGUUAUUCGCAAAUAAUAGACUGGCAGAUGUGCUAAAUAGGAAGAAGAUAACAAGUCAGACUGGAGAAUUGUACGAAUUUCAAGCCAAAGAUGAUGGGGAAAAAGUCCCUGCUUGAACAGUUCACAGCUCCAAAGGUUCUUUGGCUGAAAAUUGGUGCGCCAGUGCUUUUGUUACGGAAUUUAUCGCAGAAACUUGUAAAUGGCCUUAGAGGGAUUGUUGUGAAGGUCGAACCUGAUGGUCCAGUUGUGCAUUUCAAACAAGUUAACGUGACAACUAAAGUGAAGAAGAUGACUUUUUCUGUAUUUAGUCCAUCUCUGAACAAGAAUAUCUGUACAAGGGAACAAGUUCCUCUCCGGCUGGCGUAUGCUCUCACCAUUCACAAGUCACAGGGAAUGAUAUUAGACAGUGUAGAGGUUAAUUGCCGGGAAAUAUUCAAAGCUGGCCAACUAGGCGUUGCAGUAGGGAGAGUCAGGAGUGAAUCUGGUCUCAGGGUCAUAAACUUCCACCCAAGAGUGUGCAUGCCACAUGCGGAAAAUGUAGGACACUUCCAGACUGCUCUAACUGUCAAACCUGAAGCUGACCUGAGGUGUUGCAGAAACAAUAUCAGGUUAUAAUUAUAAACAUUUACCAUUUCAUACUCUUUACAAUUAUAAAAGGGCCAGAUUUAGUUCCCUGUUUAACAAAUAAGACUGAGAAAUGUGUGUAAUUAUGAAACACACCUGCACAGUCUGUAAAUCACUAUUAUUACAUCAUAGUGUUAAUGAUCAUAGUGGCUGGCUGAAAAAUAAAUCCUUGAAAAACAAGCAAAAUAUUCAUGGAUGAAUACAGUCAAAGUUGUUGAAAAGUCUUAGAAUCAAACUCAUUUAUCUGAAAGAGUGAAUUGCUUGUGGAAAAAAACGUUGUUUGCUGUCAGAUGCUAUUAUGAUAUAACUAUAGAAGCAUAAUCUGAAUUUACUGUAUAAUUAGCACUAUUUAACAUGUGUGAAAUAAUUUUUCCAGUUUAUUCAAAAAAGUUACAAAUUGUGUUUAGUCAAACAUUGAUUGGAAUAAACAAAC